CAAAGGCCUGUGUAUUGCCAAUUCUGCCUUCAUACUUCUCUGCCAUGAGCAACAAUUCUGUCGCUUCCAAGGCUUCCGCUCAUUCAGCCGAACAUGAUGACCGUCGUGGAUCUCCCUCACAGACACGUACCGAUCAUCCAGAGGACGUUACGGGAGGUGACCGUCCAACCUACGAAGCUAUAAGGACAUUCUCUUCGUCUGAUUCUGGGCCCGACAAUGCCCAGCUUGCCUCCGCACUUUCACGGUCAGUCAGCCAUCAAGGCGGCUACGGUGGGCAGGUGGAACGGCGUGACACCUUAGCGGGAAUUGAGAUCGGAGAUCCAGUCUUAGAUCCGACGAAGCCCGAGUUCGACUUCUACAAAUGGGCGCGGAUGUUCAUGAAAUUGAUGGAAGAUGAUGGGAUAAAGCGUCCGCGAACAGGGGUGACAUGGAAGGAUCUGAAUGUUUCGGGUUCCGGGGCUGCUAUGCACUACCAGAAUACGGUUCUUUCCCCGAUAAUGGCGCCGUUUCGAUUGCGAGAAUACUUUGGCACGAAAUCGGAGAAGUUGAUAUUACGGAAAUUCAAUGGUGUUCUGAAAGCAGGAGAAAUGCUGAUCGUGCUGGGACGACCAGGCAGUGGAUGCUCCACAUUCCUGAAGACCAUUAGUGGGGAGCUACAAGGGCUUAAGAAGGGGGAAGGUUCCGUCGUUCAUUACAAUGGAGUACCCCAAGAUAUUUUUAACAAGGAGUUUCGCGGCGAGGCAACUUAUAGUGCUGAAGAUGAGAAACACUUCCCUCAUUUAACUGUGGGCCAGACACUGGAGUUUGCCGCAGCGGCACGAACCCCAUCACUCAGAGUCAUGGGCGUUCCUAGGAAAGUAUUCUCGCAACAUAUCACCAAAGUGGUGAUGACCAUUUAUGGGCUGAGCCAUACAAGGAAUACCAAAGUCGGGGAUGAUUACGUCCGUGGUGUAAGUGGAGGAGAACGAAAACGAGUUAGCAUUGCGGAGAUAUCACUUGCUGGGUCACAGGUUGUGUGCUGGGAUAACUCGACCAGAGGCCUUGAUGCAGCAACAGCGCUCGAAUUCACUCGCGCCUUGAAAAUAGGUUCCCAUGUUGGAGGAAUGACCCAGCUUCUUGCCAUUUACCAAGCCAGUCAGGCCAUAUAUGAUCUUUUUGAUAAAGCGAUUGUACUAUACGAAGGCCGACAGAUUUAUUUCGGUCCUGCAAAGACGGCGAAGAAGUAUUUCGAAGAUAUGGGAUGGUUCUGCCCGCAAAGACAGACGACAGGCGACUUCCUGACAUCUGUUACCAAUCCUCAAGAGCGAAGACCUAGGAAAGGUUUUGAAACCAAAGUCCCUCGAACAGCGCAGGAAUUCGAACACUACUGGCUUCAAUCCGAGACUUUCAAGCAAUUGCAGGCAGAAAUAGAAGAGAGCGAUAUAGACCAUCCGGAUUUGGGCGAAAUUUUAGCUGAACAACGCGAAGCUCAUCGUCAAGCGCAGGCGAAAUAUGUCCCGAAGAGGUCUCCUUAUACCAUCAGCAUUUUUAUGCAACUAAAGCUAUGCAUGAAACGCGCUUACCAGCGCAUAUGGGGUGAUAAAGCCUCGACAAUCGCCGUCAUUAUCAGCCAGGUUGUUAUGUCGCUGAUUAUCGGGUCAAUUUUCUUCGGGACUCCGAAUACUACGAAUAGCUUUUUCGCGAAAGGUUCAAUAUUGUUUUUUGCUAUUCUUCUAAAUGGCUUGAUGUCCAUUACCGAAAUCAACGGACGUACCCAUAUUCCUCUUUAUAAGUCUACUGACAUGGGAACAGAUGUUCAACGGCCAAUUGUUGCGAAACAUGUUGGUUUUGCUUUUUAUCAUGCCUACGCGGAGGCUCUGGCAGGUCUAGUCGCCGACAUUCCUAUCAAAUUCAUAAUAGCUACAGUAUUCAACAUUAUCCUCUACUUCCUGGGCGGAUUAAGAAGGGAGCCGUCGCAAUUCUUCAUCUUUUUUCUUUUCACAUUUAUGACCAUGCUGACCAUGUCAGCCAUUUUUCGCACACUUGCCGCUGCGACAAAGACUGUGUCUCAAGCGCUGGCGUUUGCCGGAGUCAUGAUUCUCGCCAUUGUAAUAUACACAGGGUUUACGAUCCAAAGAUCUUAUAUGCAUCCUUGGUUUAAGUGGAUCAGCUGGAUUAAUCCAGUUGCUUAUGGUUUUGAGUCCAUCCUUGUCAAUGAAGUGCAUGGUCAGCGAUACCAGUGUGCCGUCCCAGUACCACCAUAUGGAACCGGGAAUAACUUUGAAUGUGCCGUUGCUGGUGCUAUCCCUGGCGAACGAACUGUUUCCGGAGAUAGCUGGGUCGAGUCAGCCUACGGCUACAGCUACGCGCACAUCUGGAGAAAUCUGGGGAUCCUCUUUGGGUUCAUGUUCUUCUUUUAUGCCUUAUAUUUAUUUGCCACUGAGUUUAACCUGUCAACUUUAUCAGCUGCUGAAUAUCUCGUCUUCCAACGGGGGUAUGUGCCCAAGCAUCUUACCAAUCACUAUGAUGAAGAAAAGGAUGCCAGCGGGCUUCAGCAGGAUAUGAAUAUACGCCCAGAAGAGAGCCCUAUCGAAGAAACUGUUCAUGCCAUUCCUCCCCAGAAGGACGUUUUCACUUGGAGAAAUGUUGUAUACGACAUAAGCAUUAAAGGCGAACCGCGACGGUUGCUGGACAAUGUCUCUGGUUGGGUAAGACCUGGGACUCUGACCGCACUCAUGGGUGUGUCGGGUGCAGGGAAAACCACUUUAUUGGACGCGCUCGCGCAAAGAACCACCAUGGGUGUCAUCACUGGAGAUAUGCUUGUGAAUGGCAAAUCUUUGGAUAUGUCUUUCCAGCGAAAAACAGGGUAUGUUCAACAGCAGGAUUUGCAUUUAGAGACAACCACCGUCCGCGAAGCGCUUCGGUUUUCCGCAAUGUUGCGCCAACCAAAAUCGGUUUCAAAGACAGAGAAAUAUGCAUACGUGGAGGAUGUUAUUGAUAUGCUAAAUAUGCGAGACUUUAGUGAAGCCGUCGUUGGAAAUCCGGGUGAAGGCCUCAAUGUGGAGCAGCGUAAGCUUCUUACUAUUGGUGUCGAACUGGCCGCUAAGCCGGCUCUUCUCUUAUUUUUGGACGAACCCACCUCAGGUUUGGACUCGCAAAGCUCGUGGUCUAUUAUCACAUUCCUACGAAAGCUGGCAGAUAAUGGGCAGGCGGUGCUGUCGACCAUCCAUCAACCUUCAGCAAUCCUUUUCCAGCAAUUCGAUCGACUUCUAUUCCUCGCAAAAGGUGGAAAGACAGUAUAUUUUGGUGACAUCGGAGAAAAUUCUCGGACUCUUCUUGAUUACUUUGAGAGGAACGGUGCUGAGCCUUGCGGGUCAAACGACAACCCAGCAGAAUAUAUGUUAGACGUCGUUGGGGCAGGUCCAAGCGGUAAAUCAGAGCAGGACUGGCCGACUAUAUGGAAUGAAAGCGAAGAGGCCCGAAGAGUUCAAGAGGAGAUAGACCGUAUAAAUGCUGAGAAAGAGAAAGAUGAAUCUCUUCAAGAGCCAACAGAGACACCGCGCGAGUUCGCAAUGCCUUUCACGUCCCAGGUAUACUAUGUCACUAUCCGUGUUUUCCAGCAGUACUGGAGAACACCAACAUAUAUUUGGGGGAAACUGCUCCUGGGUAUCAUGGCGGCAGUGUUUAUCGGAUUCUCUUUCUAUAUGCAAAACGCGUCAAUAGCUGGUCUCCAAAAUACCCUAUUUGCCAUUUUUAUGCUUACCACAAUCUUUAGCACGCUUGUCCAGCAAAUCAUGCCACGGUUCGUAACCCAGCGCAGCCUCUUCGAAGUUCGUGAGCGCCCAUCGCGUGCAUAUAGUUGGCAAGCGUUCCUCCUAGCGAACGUCAUGGUUGAAAUUCCUUACCAAAUAUUCCUCGGUGUCAUCGUCUGGGCCGCUCUUUAUUACCCCGUGUUUGGUGUCCAUCAAUCAUCAGAACGCCAGGGGUUGUUUGUUAUCUUUUCUGUCCAAUUCUUCAUUUUCGGCUCUACAUUUGCUCAGAUGGUCAUUGCGGGGCUACCCGAUGCCGAAACGGCCGGAAACAUCGCCACAACGCUUUUCAGUUUGAUGCUCACAUUCAACGGUGUGCUUCAAAGUCCCAGGGCACUUCCCGGGUUUUGGGUUUUCAUGUGGCGUGUUUCUCCGCUCACCUACACCGUUGGCGGCCUAGCUGCAACAGUUCUCCAUGAACGCGUUGUCCGUUGCGCGGAAAAUGAACUCGCCGUUUUUGAUCCACCUGAUGGGGCUACCUGCGGCCAAUAUCUUGAAAGAUUUUUUGCUCUCGGUGCACCGGGCAGGCUUAACAAUCCUUUCGCCACACAGGGAUGUGAAUACUGUCCAUUAUCUUCUGGUGAUCAGUUCCUUGCUGAGUCUGAGAUAUUCUGGAAUCAGCGGUGGCGGAACUUUGGCAUCGGAUGGGGAUAUAUCGGGUUUAAUGUGUUCGCAACGGUGGUUUUGUACUAUCUGUUCCGAGUCAGGAAAUCCUCUGGGAAAACUAGCCCCAAGAAAUGGUUGAGUCUGGCGAAGUACUAUGCGGUUACAAUAGCAUAUUGGGUGAGGAGCAUCUUUGUAAGGAGAAGAGAAAAGACACCGAGGGGAAAAGAGCAUAUUUGUGACAAAAUUUACUGAUUUCUUCACUCUGAGUGUUGGGUGUAUGGUUUCAAAUAGAUGAGAUACUGGAAGUGUACAUUGUCGAGUUUUAAGUUUGCAAAUAAAAUCAAUGUAUUUCUAUUAAUGAACAUGGGAAAGGAAAUCAUAAUUUUGCCCGUUGCCCAUCCCAGCCAUCUCUCUUUACCGUAAAUCCUCUAUCCUUUCCGCUCCUCUCCUUCUCUCUCAACACUCUCCUCAAAAUCUUUCCGCUUGGACUUUUUGGGACUGCAUCCGUAAACUCGAUCUCCUCCACCCAUUUGAACCUCACUUUCCUCUCGCUUACAUACUUCAUCAAUUUCUUGCCCAUUUCCUCCGAAACACUGAGCCCAUCUCUCAGGACAACAUACGCUUUUGGCUUUUCGCUUGCAUAGUCGUCCUUAACCCCCAAUACUGCGCAAUCCGCCACGUCCGGAUGACCCAGGAGUAGAUCCUCCAGUUCAGCGGGUGCAACGGCGAUACCUUUGACCUUAAUCAUUUCCUUAAUACGGUCAACGAUACGAAUAAGACCUUCUUCAGUCAUGUAACCAAUGUCACCUGUGUGAAGGAAACCGUCUGUAUCAAACGCUUCAGCAGUAGCGGUGGGGUUACCGAGAUAUCCCAUAGCGAUUUGAGGCCCCUUGGCAAUGAUUUCACCGGGCUGGUUGUAUCCAAGUUCUUUGCCGUUGUCGUCUAUGAUCUUGACUGUGGUGGAAGGUACGAUGUCCCCGACUGUGUUCGCGUACUUGUAAUCGUAGUAUUUUGGCGAAUGGCUUGUGAUACAUGAGCAUGACUCGGUCAUGCCAUAGCCUUGUUUGAAUCCGGACUGCGGGAAUUUUUGCUGGAGGAGUUGGGUAAUCUGUUCACUGAGUGGUGCUGCACCGCAGGAAAUCCGUUUAACGCAUGAAAGAUCGUAUUUGGAUGCGAUAGGGUCGUUAACAA